CUGCCAUACAAACGCCCUCCAUUCACCACGACAUCUCGCCUCAACCACGCUCCCGUAGCCCAGGGACACGCACAUAUACUCUACGAAUAGCUUCUACUUACUAGAAUAGCCCGCCAUAACCAUACCAAAACCCUCCACCGGCGCCCUCAUGACCGUCUCCCACGCCGACAUCGCCACCCGCCCUAACGACUCCUUCACCACAUAAAACCCUGAGGCACCCGCCGCCUCGUAACCCCCCGCCGCCCAGCAUGGAGUCCUCACCCUUUCUUCUCGUCGAGGAUGAGGACGACGUGCCCCUUUCCUCCAUACCUCAAGAGACCAGCGAGGAAAUCGUCCACAUAGACGAGCACAAUACCCGCAGCCGCUCGCCGCGAAGAAUGAGCCGCCGGUCACAAACUCAAACACACACUCGCCACACCCGCGCCCAAGUCCAUGACCUCACGACUUCCUCACCAUCACCGCCUACACAACCAAACUCUCCCAUACAAUUAAGCGCAUGGCCCCCACAUAGAAGUUCCCGCCAAGCCGCCGACAACCACAACCCCGACAGCCCUAGGCACCGCUCUCCGAGUCUCUUUGUUCGCUCCGAUCCCUCGAGUCCUGUACCUGAGGCGCAAAGCUCCCGUAAUUACUACCACAGCAGAGCAUGGUCUCCGACAGACCAGCUUCUUCAGCGUCCCGAGCCUGCCGACCAAGAAUUCGUCGACCUCAUAGCCGAACAAGACUUCUCCUCUCCCUCCGCAUAUCCACCCUUCACUGCCUCCAACGAUACCGUUAUUUCUCCAACCCAAACCGAACAGCCGCAGAAUACACUGCCUCCAAGGCUUCUCACAAGGACAACAACCGACCUCACAGCCGUAAGCGCCGGUGCCAGCGAAACACCAUUCAUCUCCCAAGAUACCGCCGUAACCUCGUUUUCCGACAGCAUGACACGGACAAACUCAUUAUCACAACCAGCAAAAAGAGUCAGACACGCCCAAUCCCCCAGCGUAACACAUCACCGCAGUAGCUCUCUUGACGACUUAUUCGGCAGCCCAAAACGUGAACAUCCGUCCAAGGGAAAAGAUAUUGACCCCGACCUGCCCACCGUUGAUCUGACGGAAGCCACGCAAGUCCCCAAGGACCUGCUGAAACCCAUUGUCGACAAGCGCACCAAGUUGGCCGCUUUUCAAUGCGUUAUUUGCAUGGACGACGUUACUACGCUAACAGUGACCCAUUGCGGCCAUCUCUUCUGCGCCGAGUGCCUCCAUUCGUCCCUCCACGUUGAUACCACGCGAGGCAAAUGCCCAAUGUGCCGCGCCAAAAUUGACAUGAAGGAACGCAACGCAUUCACGUCCAAGACUAAAGGAUACUGGCCGCUGGAGUUGAAACUCAUGACCACGACAAGAAAAGGCAAACGUAAGCUGGAUGAAAUCUCAUAGAAGGUGGUAGAAACGAUACGGAGCUAGGAGUUUUUGGCGUUUUUCUUGUUUUUUGAGCAUACUGAGCGCGUACAAGCGCAUGCAUUUGGCUAGCACUACUCUAUUUCCUGUCUACUUAGCGGGCGCUUGCUAGGGCUAGCAUUUUCAGUUUUUACGCUGUACAUUUUUCACGUUCAAUCUCUUUUGCAUUGCUCUUUCGUGGUAUUACUGCGAAUUGCUUGGCCUCUGAAACCGUUGUUUACUGUUGCUCGCGGAGAGGCGAGGCAGCCGUCGUAGCCUUGUUCGACUAACCGCUUACUAUACCAGGAUCAUCAACAGCCUCGCGCACAAACCUCAGCCUAGGCAACACCACGCAUCACGAGGACACGCCUUUAAUUAUACGGAUACCGAGUGCGAAAAUACGACUUUUUAAUGUAUUUAGAAGCAAAAAGAAGACGAAAGAAAACAACACGCAUUCUACCCAAGGCAAUUAUAAGAUAAAACAAAAGAUAAAACCAAGGAUUAUCCUCCACUAACAAGCAGUAAACGCCGGUGAGAUACUGUAAUUCCCCAUAUGCUUGUUACUACAUCUCAAUGAAACCAUCCGUUUGACUUUUUAGGCUCGGGAAGCGCCGCGUCGUCGUGCUAAAAGUGAAUACACAUGUUAGUGUCCAUGUUGUAAAGCAAGAAAAUUUUCACGUGCCGCCGUAGCUGCUAACACAUAAACAUACCUCGAGGAAACCUGUUGCGGCAAUGACGACAACCAUGGCGUCUGCCAGCUCUUCCACCUUUUCUUCUAGGCCUUGGUCCGCCUGACCUGCGCCAAUGCCAGCACUGCGCUUCAGCGUAUGUGUCACCAGCAUGCGGUGGUCGCUGAGGAACUUGCGGCCCUGCGCCACGUUGUUGCUGCCGCGGCUGAGUACCGCAGCGCCAACAAUGCGAGUCACCUUGGCCAGCAGGUCGUAGUGCUGCUCCAACGCGUGGCUGUUGCUCUCGUCUACCUGGAGCUCCGGGUCCACGGAGAACAGGUUGGACAGCUCAAUCGACCGGAACAGGUUGGCGUACAAUAUGUACUUGGAGCCGGGGCGUGUCUGCGCAAUCUGCAGUAUGAGAGCCAGCAGCGCGUUGAGGUGAUUCUGCUGCUCCUUUGUGCCAGUGGCAAACACUCGGUGCCACUCCUCCAUAAUGUCGCGGAUCGAGUCUACAAGGAUGCCGAUAAAGUUGAGUCUGUUGAGUGUUUCCACAACGUGGUAGUCGUUUUGCGCCUUGCCCAUGUCAAUCAGCGCAUUGAGCAGGAUGUAUGCGGCCGCCUGACAAGUAGGAUCGCCAGAGUGUGCGUCAUCGCAGACAACGUUAAUCAGACGCUCACCGUAGACUUGGACCGCCUUGAUGGCCUUGACGGUGGAUGUCGACGAGCCGUCCUCGGACACUCCCGUUAGGUAGCGGUAGCAAAUCUCGUAGUAGAUGGUGCGCAGCUCAGACGAGCCUGCCCACGAACCAACGGCCUGCAAGCAAAUCUGGAACAACUGGAAAAGCUUGUCGCCAAUGAGGUUGCCAAUGGCUUUGCUCUGCUUGUCCUCUGUAUCGGUUGCCUUGAGAUCCAGGUGAGAAAGCAUAAUGCGCGCCAGCUUGGCUAGGUCGAGCGCCUCGGUGGGACGGUCAACGGCAAAGGCCUCGAGACUGGGUAAGAUGGCCUGGAGACCUUGCAAGAAGAAGGAAGUCUUGGCCGUGCCCUCGUAGUCGUUGCAUUCCACCAUGACCAGCAAGAGUCGGCUCCAUGACCGGAGGACCUUGAGGCUCUUGGCGCUGAUUUGCUGUUGGCGAUCCCAUGAUAGAAUAUGGUCGAUAAUAGACGUCUCCUCACGUUCCAGAGCGACAAGCUCUUGGACAGAAAUCACCAUGCCUGGCGUCUGCAUCUCGCCGCGUUUCAGCAGAAGAAUCUGCUUCACUCGCUCCACGUCACGGACUCCGAUCUGGUCCGCGUCUGUUGUAACGCACGUCGACAAGUCUAAAUCGCUGUAGAACUGUAAUGGAGGCAAAGCUGUAUCCCAAAGGCCAUCCGGUAGUAAGAAGUCGUAGAGAUCAAAUAUUGUCGGUGUUUGGAUGCGCUCAUUGCCUUCGCCAAUGAUUUGGCCAUUGAGGGCCUCAAAGAUUCUUCGCUUGAUGCUGGGCAUGCGACCCUGUGAGAUCAUGCACAGUUCCAUGGCGAAAUAUUCCAAUGUAGUGCUUCGCAAUGCCAAAAAGUCCACAAGUGUUGAGGCACCAUCUGUUACUGGGAAGUAUGGUGCGCCAAAGUGCUGGCCCUCCCACGGGAGAUCCGGUUGGAUGACGGUCUCGCGCAUCAGUAAGUGGAACAGGAACUCAUUGUCUCUAAGCUCCUCAAUGACAAUUCUGGCAGAGAGCGGAGAGCUCCAGAGGAUUUGGAGAAUGGCCAUGAUGCGUGACUUGAGCGACACUAACCAUUGACGCAUUCCCUGCACAUCGUUCGACGGGAGCUCGAGCAAAAGUCGCAAAAUUCCAUGGAAUAACGAGGUGCGCGAUGCAAAGGCUCCCGAAGGGUCUACAGAGAGUGAAUCGACACCGCACUUGAAGCCGAGAAGUAGGUGUGCAAUUGUUGGUUGGCGUGGUGUGGCCUGUAGGCAUUCGUACAGGAAAUCUAGGAUAUAUCGCUUCGUUAUGUAGCUAGCGGACUCCGCUUCUCGGUUUGGCUCUAAUGGUGCCAUCAACUCGUACAUGAAGGAUCUGGAGAUAGCUUCGUGCUCGCCGUUUGCUUCCAUAGCAACAACGGCCUUGUUUCGUCGCGCGUUCUGAGGAGAGCCAGACCAUUGAGCUGUGAUUUUGGGUGAUGCUGCCAUCUUUUCAAGAAGCUUUAAUGAUGACAGAGUGAGGUCUGGGUGGCCCAUGCCGCAGAAGGUACCUAGGUCCACUACCAGGUUCAAUCUGGUAACCAAGCCGUCCUCAAACGACGCAUAGCCGGCAUUGGCGACAGGCUGGCGAUGCUGGUUUGGGUUCAUCUUGAUCAAGGGGCGGACAAGGUCCUUAUAUGUAGCCUCUAGGUCCAAUACCUUCGAAACUACCUCCACUGCUCUCAGGAUACCGAGGAUGAGGGGGGAGUCCGGGGAUGCGUUUCCAAUCUCCACAGGAUCGUGGUGAAUGGCAGCGAAUAAAGCAGUCAUCACCUUGUCGUUGUACAUCCAUUCCAUGAUGCGAGCAAACGGAUGCUUCUUGACAUACGUGGCCAAGUCUGUUGCCGCAAUGACCUUGUCGAUGUUAAUGUUUGUUUGGUUCGCCAGCACGAUCAAAUCUUCAUUGAAUGUAGACAGGCAUGUAAGAAUGAAAUCCAAACAUGUUAGUCGCAGCACGCGUGUCUGGUGAACAUCCUGGAGAUCCUGCAAUUUGGUAGCAAACACGAGGCCGAUAACGAAGUCGACGUAUACUUCUACGCCUGGGUUUCUCGAUGUCGAUCCAAGGUUAUCGGAGAAGGGGAGAGAGUCGUUUAGGGAGCUGGUAUCCUUGGCUGGCGCGACAAGAGCUAGGAGGAACUGAAUAAACGACUCUGGGUCUUCAAAGCCGUUGCUCAUCUCGUCCAGGAUACGGUCCAUGGAUAUGACAGGCUGAGCCUGGACUUGGCGCUGAGGCCCAGCUGCGGACGCAGCAUACCCUCCUGUAAUCCAGUUCUCGAGGCAAGCCCACAUGAGGUGGCUUUCUUGCAAGGACUUGCGUGUCAUCAAUGCCUUGAAGGCUGUAAAGACACAGCCUCGUAAACGAGAAGGAAUGGGGCUGCUUGCUAGCUCAAAGAGCAUGUCUACAAGAUUGUAGCUGCCAUUUUGUAGUAGGUAUACUCUCGUAGUCUCGCUUUCGCCUGCUAGCUUGCUCAUGAGCCGGAGGUAGCAUUCCAGCAUCAUAGCGGAUUCCGGCUCAGUCUCCACAAGCUCGGUCGUUGGUUUAUUCGCGCGAUAUCUGGUGGAGGGAGCCGGCGUAGGCUUGUGGCGAAUUUUCUCUGAGAAAAACUCCAACUCCUUGAAGAUUUGGGUCCAUGUAAGCGAUUGGGCUCGGCGCAUCUUUCCCGACGAGUGAUGUCCCUCAUCAAGGAGGAAUUCGUGCGCAGCCGUCGCGCAUUCGUCGUUUUCAGAUAUCGACUGAAGCAUUUCGCAGAACGCGGCAACUAGAGGCGUAGAGGCCCGUCGAGAGGCCCAGUGCAUGAAACCUGCCAAGUUGCUGUCCGGAUCGGACCAGAAGCUAGAUGCCGCCGUCGGCCUACCCUCAUAAGCGUAGGCAAUAAUCAACAAGAAGCGCUCCAAGUCCAAGUCUUGUUCGUGAGCCUGGCUGAGUUGGCGUUGCUCAUCUUCUUCGACGCGAAGCUUGCGGAGGACAUCGGGGAGAUUGGAGAUAAAGGCAUCGACAAAUACCUCCAACUGUGACAUGAGAGAGGUUUGGAAGAAGUCGGAGAAUUGGACAGACUCUGCAGCAAGGGGAGUUGACUUGCGUUGAAGCCAUUUUCGCAUAGCCGUUCGUACAGAGUCAUGCCAGUCUGGAGGGCGCACAUCGCCAGCUAUCGACAACAAAAAGUCAAAGGCGCCAUCCUUAAGCGAUUCUAUGAAUCGUUUUGAUCGUGCGCGGUCUUCUUCGUCUAGAUCGGUGCCUGGUGGAAUCGCUGACUCUGGAGGGUCGUCCAAGUAAAAGCCACUAUAUUCAGCCAACCACCAUGCUCUGAAUGCAGCCUGCAAAUGCGGUAGCGGCCAUGUCGGCUCGUCGUUGCUUGGAAACAGUUUUUGGUUGAUUUGUCUGACGGUAAUGAGAUCGUAGCCGCCCUCGGUUGAGCCGAAUACAGAGAUGUAUGAUCCCAAAGCGGGUAUUAAGUGAACUGUUUCAUCCUAGUCAGUAGUGUUUCUAAAUAGCAUGUCGGGGUCAUCAUGCCAU